AUGCUUGAAUAAUAAAAACCAAGUAUCUUAACACCAGAAAUAUCAGAAAAAUCAUCAAUAAAUGAAAUAAAAGUAUAUCAUAUAUAUAUUAUUAUUUAGACUUAUCCUUUAACAAGUGGAAUGUUCUUUGGAGAAAUUGAUUCUAUUAUUAAAAACAAAAGAACUACUACAAUUGUUGAGGCUGUAGAAGAUACUGAAAUUAUUAUCUUAGAAUCAUCAUCAUUAAGAUCAUUUUUAGCUGACAAUCCUGGAUUAAUGGUACUCUUUUAAGAGAGUAUUAUUAUAGAAUGA